AUAGAACGACACCAGUCAUCGUGACAAAGCAGCAGAAAGUACAAGAUGGAAAACAAUGAAGCAAAUGACACGUACACAGUUUUAUACGAAGAGGGCGGUUUCGACAACGCCACAGACAUCGCUACAGAAGACGAUGGCUCCCCUGUACGUUCCUCCAUGGGCGUCGAUAUCCAAGGAUUAGUCCUUGGGAUCCUGGUAGUAAUCCUGAUCUCUGUGACCAACCUCCUCAGCUUGGCCGCCUUCGUCGUCGAACGACGUUUACGAACCUACAACAACUACUUCAUCAUCAAUCUGGUGGUGGUUGAUCUCCUGAUAGGCAUCAGCCAGAUCAUUGGCGUCACCCACACCUUUCUCAGGUACUUUCCCUUCUCUCAAGAAUUCUGCAAGGUCUACCUGGGUUGUCGCCAGGGGCUCUUCUUUGUAUCCAUCCUGGAGGUCGUCGUCAUCUGCAUCGACCGUCAUCGAGCAACCUACGAUCCUAUCAACCACUUCAUCUCCAGGAGUAAACGGAAGGCUGUCGUGAUGAACGUUUUAACCUGGGUGGUUGGUCUUGGCUUCUGGCUCUGUUACUCUACGGCCUGGGACUUCAUAGUAGAUGUAGAUUCGUCUCGGCACUGCUUUGCGGCCUACGUCAGGUACCCUAUCCCAAACUUGAUGCAAAAUGUCAUCACCUUCUUUAUUCCUCUGGCGAUCAUCUCCUUGCUCUAUGCCAGAAUCUAUGUCAAGAUUAAGGCCACGAUUGGUGGAAAAAGCGUCGGUCGGGAGUUCGAGGAUGGGAUGCAGGACGUGACGACAGGAGAAGGUUCCGUGGAGUCAUCCAACAACAGCAGUGGCAAUAGCACUCGGUUGAAGUCUGACGAACGCGUCGUGCCUUUCAAAGGCAGAAACGAAGCAGAAAGGGGGAUGACCAAGACAGGGGCCGACCGCGAGUCCAAGAACGAGAUGAUGAAAGCCAACCGGACCUUGUCCUACAUUAUCAUAUCCUUCAUCAUCGCCUGGCUGCCAAACGCCAUCAUUUAUCUCCUCUUUGCGAUCGACCCUGCACUUCUUCGGGUGCGCGCGUUCCCAGCCGCGGUGCGUCAAUUCUUCGUGUGGUUACGCUACGCGAAUAGCUUCUUCAAUCCAAUAUGUUACGCGGCAUCCCAAACACUGUUCCGCCGUACCGUAUGGGACUUGAUCUGCAGACCGCAGAAGUACUGCCACUGAAGCGACACACUCCAUUUGCCAUCAAUUAAUACAACCAUCUGUUGUUGGGCACAUGCGGGCAAUUCUAGGAGGUAAAACGUUUGGAUAGUUAUUUUAGGCACACAGGGGCCUGUCACUUUUAAGUUGUCAAUAUCAAUAUGUACUUAGGACCUUAUAGGAUACCAUUCUCCCUAUACCUGGGGGUUUGUGACACUUCAUGUUAAGUGGAUAUGAAUUUCAAGGAAAACCGGAAAAGAGAACAAAUUUAGUCAUUUAAAUUGGAAGGAAAUGGACUGAAUAUUUUCAUUUGUACAUAAUAGAUAUAUAUAUAUGUAUGAAUGAAUCUAGCUUUUCUAUUUUAACAUGCCGAAUUAAAGCACUUUUUGUCUCGCCCACCAGGCGUGAAGGCUAGCUGUCACACCUUGGCGUUUUAGACAGCGUAUGCCCGAC